AUGUCCUCUCCACAGAAUCAAGAUAAUCCAAAUCUUCAUCAAGAAGAUCAACAUAUGGAUCAACAACAACCUCAACAAACAGGAAACCAACUUAAUGUACCAACUACACACCCUCCAAACUAUGGAAAUUCUGCUCAACACCUUAACCAACCGACAUUUGUACCUCAAAGUCUACCGCAAAGCCAUCCUCAAAACUUUCCUUUCGGAUUUCCCUAUAUGAACCCUUAUUACCCUCCUACACCUGGCUUUGGAGCAUAUUAUCCAUCCUAUCCAUCCUAUCCACCUCAACACUUUCGUUCACCUCUUGAAAUGAAGAAGAGAAAGUUGGAUGAGAAAGACAAGAGUUUGUUUUUGGAGCACGAUGAGGUUGAUUCUACAUUGAGUUCUGUUGAAGAAGACACACCUCAAGUUGUCAACAAUGAGCGUUCCUUUUUAUUAUCCUUCAUUAAAGAGAAGGGUUUAACCAUCUCUGAGGAUAUAAAUGAUAUAACAGACAUCGCACUCACCUACAUUGUCGAGAAUGCGUAUGUUAAUAAGUUUCUUAGUGAUCCUAAAUUUAAAGAAUUAAUGCAUGAAGGUUUGAUGAAAUACUCUACUUCUUUGAAAAUAUGCAUACCUACAUUAGAUUUAUCCCUCUUCAACUCAAGAGUAGUCAAGAUACUUAUGGAGUCCUAUGACAUUCUUGAAAGAAUAUCCGUUUGUAUACGGAAAACCACAAGCUGCUCUUCAAGAUUAGAAUUAACUGGUCUAUAUCAUGGUAUCACUAAGAUGACCAAGGGUUAUGUUUUAUCAUCCGUGAUAAAAAGUGGUAACAUGGAUGAUGGUAUCUCUCUUAUUGAAAAGAUUAUCAGUUACGUUAACCUAGAUCCUUUUUUAAGCGAAGAUAUCGAUCGUGAAAGAAAGAGUAGACUGGAAGUCACAACCAACCAAUUUAUGGUUAGUCAUAUGAAGACAGCUAAUAACUCCAAUUCUAAGGCUACAGGUUCCAAGGAUAAUAAGACAACCUCUGACAAGAAGAACAAUAAGAGUGUUGGCAAAAAACCUCAGAACCAGCCAACAUUUCAGAAGUGA